UUUUGGAGAUGCUUCUCAUCCAGAAUUGUAAUAGAACAGAAAGCCACCCUUGACUCUUCUAGGAGCUGCCUGUCCCUGACUCCUCCUUUCACCAUAUAUAUAAAAAAUAUAUAUAUAUUCCCUUCAUUUCUUUUCUCCCUAUUCAUAAACACUUUCCUUUCAAAAUUCAAACACCUUCCACUGUACAAAACCAGAACCACCGCUCGCUCACAGUAUCAAUGGCUCCGCCAUCAAACGUCGACGGAACAAUCUCCUUCUCCGCCCUCAAUCUUGACGUCCUCCACAACCACAUCCUCUCCCGCCUUGACGGUCCCACUCUGGCCGCCCUCGCCUGUACCUCCUCAGAAUUAAACGCUCUCUCCGCCCAUGACAAACUCUGGCAACAACUUUGCACAUCCACAUGGCCAUCCGCUAACCACCCACUCGUCACCGCUGCUGUCUCCACGUUCCCCUUCGGUCACCGGUCACUUUUCUCCGAUUCCUAUCCUCUCCUCCUCCAUCGCCACAGCUGCAACGAUCUUGAUCGUCCAUUUCCGACAACAACAGAAUUGAUCUCAGCCGUGGAUAUUUACUACAGAAACGUCCCCAUCUUCUCUAAGGUUCAAGCGACUGAGACGGUCACCGCGUGGUUCCUCAGCUCUCCCUUCAGGGUCGACUUAGUCGGACCGGAGAAGUCCUUGCCGACAUGGAUACGACAGGUGGGUGAAAAAGACUCGUGGCUGAAACAACUGGAAGAGAAUGUAACUCUAAGCUGGAUCUUGAUCGACCCAAAACAGAAACGGGCCAUGAAUAUGUCGAGCCGGAGGGCAGUUUCAGUCCAGAGGCACUGGCUGACGGGGGAAGUGCAGGUGAAAUUUGCAAGCAUAUUAGCCGGAGAUGGAGGGAAAGGGUCGGAGAGGGAGUGCGUGCAGUGUGAAAUGGUGGUGACGUGCGGAGGGAAGGAAGGAGGAGAGGUUCACGUGAGGGACGUGAGUAUGGGGAUGGAGGAUAUGGAAGGGAAGGCGUUGAGUGGGAAGGAGAGUUUGGUAAUUUUGGAUGGGGCAAUGGAGUGGGGAGAAAGGAGGAAAGGGAAAAGUGGGAAGGAAGGGAAAGAGAGUUACAAGGAGUUUGCGGAGAAGAGAAGAGAGAGGAAAGAGAGGAAACAGAGAAGAGAGAAGGUAUUGGACUGGGUGUGCAUUGCUUCUGGGCUUUCAAGUUUCAUGGCCUUUUGGUCCUUGGUCUUGUUCAGGUGAAAAAUGUCGAUGAUGGGUUCUGUUAUUCCAUUAAUUUUGUUUGUUUCUAUACAAAUAAGCAGAGAAAGAAAAGAAAAUUAUGAUGAUGAUGAUAGUGUAUAAGAUAGAAUCAUCCAUCUGGGUUGUAUGAUAUUGAGAAUUGUUGAUGGAUGAUGCAACUUUCAAAUCAACAAUCAGUUUAAGCCACAAUACAUGCAAGUAAAUAGAAAUUAAUUAAGAAGUUAUGUAUGUAGAAAUUGAUCGGAACAUUUGAACAAAAGAGGUGGUAGGCAGCAGCUGCACUACGCUCUAUCAAAAAUUUUAAUUGAAGUUGUCAUAUGGCUUUCUCAAGUGUCAAGAGUAAUCCCUUUCAUUUUCUUUAAUGGUUGAUGAAGAUGUCAACUCUAAAAUAAAUGCUUUAGCAUUCUGAUUUUUUUUUUUUCCAUUUGAAAAUGUCAAUUCUUUUUUUUUGUGGUUGAAUAUUGAAUAAUGAAUAUUAUCAGUGUAAUGUUACAAGUAGACUUGGUCAGCCCAUCA